CCAAGCCCCGCUCCCACCUCCAGCCAAUGGACUCCACCUCACCCCGGCGCGCUUUGCCGUAUAGGCCGCCUGCGCCGGGGCGAUGAGGGUGCAGUUGCGACGCUGCUGGGGCCCAGGGCCGGUCCGCUGCGCCACCGGCGUGAGGUCGACUCCACAAUGGCGAGCGCUGGCCGGGCUCGGCGUGUCUUCCGGCGGGGAGGAGGGCCUCGGCGCCCGAGCCCGGGAGAAGCCCCCGUGGCGGGUGCUCUUCUUCGGCACAGACCGGUUCGCCCGCGAGGCGCUGCGAGCGCUGCACGCCGCCAGGGACAACAAAGAGGAAGAGUUAAUAGAGAAAUUGGAGGUGGUCACAGUGCCCUCCCCGUCACCCAGAGGACUGCCUGUGAAGCGUUACGCCGUGCGGUCCCAGCUGCCAGUCUAUGAGUGGCCAGAUGUGGGACCCGGGGACUAUGAUGUUGGCGUAGUGGCUUCGUUCGGCCGACUUCUGAGUGAGGCCCUUAUCCUGAAAUUUCCCUAUGGCAUAUUGAAUGUCCAUCCCAGUUGCCUCCCGAGGUGGCGUGGUCCAGCCCCUAUAAUCCAUACAGUUCUCCAUGGAGACAAAGUUACCGGAGUGACAAUUAUGCAAAUUAGACCUAAAAGGUUUGAUGUAGGCCCAAUUCUAAAACAGGAAACUGUUCCUGUACCACCCAAGAGCACCGCCAAGGAAUUGGAAGCACUGUUAUCAAGACUGGGUGCCAGCAUGCUUAUUUCAGUUUUGAAAAAUCUGCCUGAAAGUUUAAACAGUGGAAGGCAGCAGCCAGCUGAGGGGGUGACAUAUGCCCCUAAGAUUUCUGCUGGUAAAAGCUGUAUAAAAUGGGAGGAACAAACUUCAGAGCAAAUAUUCAGACUUUAUCGUGCCAUUGGAAAUAUAAUUCCGUUGCAGACACUCUGGAUGGAUAAUACCGUUAAACUUCUGGAUCUGGUGGAAGUUAACAGUUCCAUCCUUGCUGAUCCAAAAUUAACAGGACAGGCUGUUAUUCCAGGAUCACUAAUGUACCAUAAACAGUCACAAAUGCUGCUGGUUUCUUGCAAGGAUGGCUGGAUUGGUGUGCGAUCAGUGAUGCUCAAGAAAACACUAACAGCUACUGAUUUCUACAAUGGAUAUUUGCACCCCUGGUACCAAACAAAUUCUCAAGCUCAGCCAAGCCAGUGCAGAUUUCAGACUCUCAGACUGCCAGCAAAGAAGCAGCAGAAAAAAAAGAUUGUUGCUAUGCAACAGUGUAUUAAGUAGUUAGGAAGAAGAUGGACAAGAAUCUGUUACGUAUUUGUAAUUUAUUAAAAGCCUUAUUUAUAAGGAAUUACAGUGGGUGGCUCCUAUGGUUAACACAGUCAGCUGCUAACCAAAGUGUUGGAAGCUCACGUUCACCCAGAGGUGCCUUGGAAGAAAGGCCAGAUGAUCUACUUCUGAAAAAUCUACUUCCAAAAACCCUAUGGAGCACAGUUCUACGCUGACAUACAUGGGGUCACCAUGAGGCGCAAUCAGCUCGAUGGCCACUGAGUACUGUUACCUUGGCUUUCAAAGAAGAUGAAACUGUUGGAAAAAGAGAUUAUUGUCAAAAAGAUGGAUUACCUCACUUCCUACUUUUUAACAGUAAUUAAAAGCUUUUUCUACUUGAAUAACAAAAGAAGCUUUAAAUAAAAUUUUUAUUAAUAUCAAACUCAAGGAGAUUCUGUCUUUCCCUAAAGAGCAAGGACAACUAACUGGUGUGUUUAUUUGUAGGUACUCGAGAGAGAUCCUUUUAAAAAUAGUGCCUGUGUUGAAUGUUUUAAAUCCUGUUUCCCUGUUGACUAUGUUACCGGUUUAGGAGUAUUUCAUCUGCAUUUCUGAUUUUCAACAAGUAGUUAAAUCAACUCUUUAUAUUCCUUGACCACCUGGUUCUCAUCAAGUAGUAAAUAUAUGAUACUGAAUCAUCUCUGUCACAUAGAUCUGUAUUAUGAAUUCACAUUUUACAUGUAGGUCUUCCCGAAGUAGGAAUAUGCUCACAUUUUCACCUUACUUGGAAAUAAAGGUUGGGGAGCAUCUGGUCUGUGCAAAUGCAUCUUCUCUG